AUGUUCAAAAUGGAUGAUACGGAGAGGGAUAUAGGAGAACCUUCUUGUAAAAAGAAAAAAUUAGAAUUUUUGAGUGCUUAUCAUGUAUUUAAUAGUGAUGAAAUUUUGGAAAUAUUAUCGUUCAUUCCGAAGGAUAAUGUUAAAUUUAUUGUAAUGAGUUGUGGGUUGGUUUCGAAACAGUGGAGGAAUGUUGUUGUGGAGUAUUCGAAACUAGAUGUAACAAUUGUAGAUUACAAAUUGUUGGAAGAUUUGAAGGCUAGUCAUCAUUUAAACAAUAUUGAAACCUUACGAGUUGGUAAAAUUGUACCAAAUGAUGUUUUUUAUCAAGUUGCUGGCUUGAUAAAACAUUUGACGAAACUUGAUGUUUGUAAUUGCCAAAUUGGAGCCGAAGGAGCUAAAUGGGUUAAAAAUUUUGAACAAUUAACUGAUCUCGACAUUUAUGGUAAUCUAAUUGGUGAUGAAGGAGCUGUAUUCAUUAGUGAAAUCAGUUGA